AAAAUGCCGCCCGGGAUCCCUUCAAUCCAUCCAUCAGGCAUCUUGAAGACAAGACAGUUACAUAAUCUCUACAACCUUCCAGGCAUUCAGUCCGCGCAAGUGGCGCCUUUCAGAGAUAGAUGGUGGUGGCGCAAGGUGGAGUUCCUGGGCUCUUAUUGAGGUGUAGUCCGCAAGCUGCAUGAAGCUCAGCGCCCGUUCAGCCAGGCUUGCAACGCAACAUACAAGAAAGCGGAGUUGAUAGUGGUGGAAUGCGACAAGCGUGCGCAAGAGCUUCUGAAACAAUCAAUCACCUUCAGGUCUUGCAGAGCUUAGAUGGCUGCAGCAAGGCUUGCGCGAUCGUGUCUGGCAGCAGAUAAGCUUCCGCAGGGGAAGUUGAUCAGGACGCUGGAGGUAUCUCAAAAAGCACACGCAAUCAUUCCAGAGUUGCCACAGAAGCAGGCGUCCUGGGAUCAGAUCUGGGCGUCCGGCAAGUUUCACGCGACUGUGAUGCCCGAUCUGCCGAGCAUUGCCAACCUUGCAGAUUUGCUCCCAAAGCUGGGGGCGGCGCCGCAGGAGCGGCUGGCAGAAAACCUGGAUCUAACAGAAAAGCCCGCGCAAGCUCCCGCAGGCUUCUUCCGAGUGCGCACCGUCGCGGCGCAGCUCAAGUCCCGCGCGCAUGUCAGCUGUCAGAUGCAAGCAACGGCCACCGAGAUCUCGAACGCCAGCCUCGAUUCCAACCCUGUAAACCUCAGAUUAGAGUCGAAAAUACUGGACGCCAAAACAGGGGCCCAUUUUGCUGACGUCAGCCAAAGAUCUGCGAGAGACGGGGGGUUUAGAGAUGGGGUUGAAGUUUCGGACGCUGGGCAAAGCCCCGGCGCCCUGCUACUAGUGUCCGGAGGGCACCCCGUUCGGCGGCUCCCGAUCGUCCGAAACUUUCUCCCGAUGGACGCGGUGGGGAUGCUCCGGGAAGGGCAUCGGCUGAAGGAUCGGGGACUCUUGCCACAAGGGGUGCAGCUGUGGGCCACGGAGAACCCCCUGGUGAACAGCGUCGACAGCCUCGAGCGAAAACUAGACGCGAGAGCUGAAGCUAUCAUCACUCAGCCGCCGCUCCUUCCAGACUCGUUUGAGAGAUGGUGGUCAGAGGCCGACAAACGAGGCCUCGUUGGCUCGACGCGUCUGAUCGUAGGGCUGCCGUUUCUUUCAUCUUUACGGAACCUCGACUUCUGGCUCAUGUUGACGGACGCAACGGGUAGCGCUGAAGCGGAGGCCGUUCGCGGAAAGUGGGCAGACCACGAAAGGAGGGCCGGGGACCAUGCGGGACAGCAGUUAGAUUUCCGGUUACAGCAAACCCGGGAGUGCUUAAGAAGGAUUGAGUCGUUACCAGGCGUGCAAGGGGUGCAUUUGAUGCCCGUGACAAAACGUGGUUGGAGAGAUCUGCUAAGACUGAUUGAUGAGGGCGCUUUCAGCUCGUAAGUGGGGCUGAAAGCCGAUUGAGGGAAGCGCUUGCUGGCGCCUUUGUUGACGUAUCAGUGGGCGGGCGGGCGGCGGCCAAGCUUGGUUAUUGAGUAUGCAUACGGUCAGAUCCGACUGGGGCCAGGAACGUGCAU